GUUUAAGAUUUAAAUUUUUUUCUCAUUUCACUUUCUCACAGAGACACAGGGAGAGAACUAGAGAGAGAGAGAGAGAGAGACAAUGAGCGGGCAAGGGAAGACAGUAUGCGUGACGGGAGGGUCAGGGUACAUAGCUUCAUGGCUGGUUAAGUUGUUGCUCCAACGUGAUUACACUGUCCGAGCCUCUGUUCGCGACCCUUCUAAUCCGAAGAAGACGGAACACUUACUUGCACUUGAUGGAGCUAAGGAGAGACUUCACUUGUUUAAAGGAAAUCUACUGGAAGAAGGUUCCUUUGAUUCUGCGGUUGAUGGGUGCGACGGUGUUUUUCAUACAGCAUCUCCAUGUUUUUUUACGACUUCUGAUCCACAGGCAGAAUUGAUUGAUCCAGCAUUAAAAGGAACACUAAAUGUUCUUGGAUCAUGUGCCAAAAGCCCAACUGUCAAAAGAGUGGUUUUGACAUCGUCUAUGUCUGCAGUUACAUGCACUGGUAGGCCUCGAACUCCUGAUGAGAUAACGGAUGAGACUUGGUUUUCCGAUCCAGAGUUCUGCAAGGAAAAUAAGCUUUGGUAUCAACUUUCAAAGACUCUAGCAGAGGAUGCUGCCUGGAAGUUUGCAAAAGAGAAAGGUAUUGACAUGGUUGUAAUAAACCCAUCAAUGGUUGUUGGUCCUCUGUUACAACCAACGCUUAAUUCAAGUGCUGCUGGUAUCUUGGAAUUAAUAAAUGGUUCACAAACAUACCCAAAUGCUUCCUAUGGGUGGAUUAAUGUUAAAGAUGUUGCAAAUGCACACAUUCAAGCAUAUGAAAUUCCUUCAGCCAGUGGAAGAUAUUGCUUGGUUGAGAGAAUGGCACACUUCUCUGAAGUUGUGAAAAUCCUACACGAGCUUUAUCCUUCUUUUCAACUUCCAGAAAAGGUUGCGGGUGGCAAACCAUAUAUACCAGCAAAACAAGUAUCCAAGGAAAAAGCAAAAACGUUGGGCAUCGACUUCAUUUCUCUGGAGGAGGGCCUCAAGGAAAUCGUUGAAAGCUUGACACAGAAGAAAUUUGUUGGGAUGUGAUCCAUUGUACCUAUAUGGAGGAUUUUGGAAAAACAUGUGAUGGUUAGCCAUAGAGUGUUGACAUAUUGGCUUUUAUGAUUUUAUGUCUGUCAUGUCUUGUCAUGGUAACUUUGUGAAUGAUUUUUAAAAAAAUGAUGGCGAGCAAUACUUUGUUGUGGUUGGCUGGUAUGGCUUUUAGAACUCGUUGUCUUGUAUUAAAUUAUGUUAUCAAUCCUAAAACUCUAAGUUGAACUUGCUUUAAUUAAUACUUCAUAAGGUUAGCAUUACCUUAUGCAAUAUGUAUUUAGACUA